GAACCGGCUAAUGUUUUGACCAUUAUCUAAACUUGCAAAGUGACAGACGAAUGAAAAUUUGGACUAAGCCUCUCGUCUUCUGACAAGAUAGUCCUAGAGCAGCUGGACCUGCUGUGCUUGGACUGAUUUGGAGGAAUGGAAAACAUCAGGUGUGCCUCAGCAGCGAGCGUCGCAGUCUUGACCGCGGCUGAAAUGCCUUUCGCCGACUUGUCCCGCAGUGUGAGCGUGCGGGUGAGGCCGCUAAAUCGCCAGGAGGGGAACGAGUACUUCGCCUGGAAGGUGGAUGGUAACAGCAUAGUCCAGUUGGACCAGAGUACUCGCGAUGUGGACAGAACCCGCGACACCAAAUAUGGGCUUGACCACGUCUUCAGCCCAGAGUGGACAACAGCGCAGAUUUAUGAGGUUACCACGCAGAGCCUCAUCCACAAAAUGGUCAGCGGCUUCAACAGCACUGUGUUCGCCUACGGCCAGACGAGCAGCGGCAAAACCCACACUAUGCGCGGCACCCCGGACAGCCCGGGCAUUGUCCCGCUGGCUGUUGCGGAGGCUUUCCGGCUCAUUGAGAGCAAUGAGUCUCGCGAGUUCCUCAUUCGUGUCUCCUACAUGGAGCUCUACAACGAGGAGGUGAACGACCUGCUGGCGCCCGAAAACAUGAAGCUACCCAUUCAUGAGAGCAAGGAGAAUGGGCCGUACGUGUGCGGCCUGCGCGAGGACAUCGUGACCAGCCCGGAGCAGGUGCUGGCGUUGCUGGAAUCGGGCGAGGCCAACCGCCACAUCGGUUCCACCAAGAUGAACGAGAAGAGUAGCCGCUCGCACACCAUUUUCCGCAUGGUGGUGGAGAGCCGGGCGGUGAACGCGGAGAGCGAUGAUGCCGGCGCGGUGCUGGUGUCAGUGCUGACACUGGUAGAUCUGGCCGGCAGCGAGCGCGUGGCCAAGACGGGCGCGGAGGGCAUUCGCAUGAAGGAGGGCACCGCCAUCAACAAGUCCCUCCUAACUCUGGGCAAUGUGAUCAACAAGCUCAGCGAGGGCGCGCUGGCCACAGGCGGCCACAUCCCCUACCGUGACUCCAAGCUGACGCGGAUCCUGCAGCCGUCGCUGGGCGGCAACGCCAAGACCGCCAUCAUCUGCGCCAUGACGCCCGCCGGGUGCCAUGUAGAGGAGAGCCACAGCACGCUGCGCUUCGCCUGCCGCGCCAAGCGCGUGGUGAACAACGCCAUGGUCAACGAGGUGCUGAGCGAUGCGGCGGUGCUCAAGCGCCAGACCAAAGAGAUCGAGGAGCUCAAGCGCCGCCUGGCGGAGAGCGGGGUUGGCGUGCACGUGGAGGAGCAGAUCAACAACCUGCGCGCGCAGCUGCUGCGCAGCGAGCAGGAGAAGGAGCUCAUGCGCGUCAAGCUGCAAGAGGAGCAGCAGCAGCGCGAGAAGGCGCAGAAGCAGGUUGAGGUGGCGAAGAAGCUAAUGUUCCAGCAACGUGACGAGCCGGCGGAGGGCAUGAGCCGCAAGCAGAGCCGUCGCGAGACGUGGUGCCCCGGCAAGAGCGCCUGGGCGGCGCCGGCGGCGGGGCUGACGGACACAGCUGCCGACACGCCCACGCAGUCGGGCGGAGGCGAGCCCGCCGAGCGGCGCAAGCGAAGCUUCGGCCGGCUGGACGGCGGCCUGGCCGGCAAGUCCAACCCCCACCUGUCGGCCCUGAUUGAGGAGGACGAAGAGGAGGGCGACGCCGUGGAAGGACCCACGCCGCAGCGCCGCCGCCGCGACCGCAGCUCCAUUCCCUCUGACGACGUCUUCUCCGAGGGUGACGAGGACGAGGAGGGCUCGGUGCGCCAGGGCCUGGACCGCAUUAUGGCAUUGCUGCCCAGCCAGGACCGCCAAGUGCUCCGCGCCUUUGCGCAGCAGCUGCAGGACAGCCAGGAGCGGCUAAGCAGCAUGCAGCAGGAGCUGCAGGCCGCGCAGGAGGCUGCCGCUCAGCACGAGGCCACCGGCAGAAGCGCCAGUGAGGCCCUGGAGGCGGCUCAGCAGCAGCAGGAGGCGCUGACGCAGCAGCUGGAGCAGGCGAAGUGGCAGAGCCGCAAGCUGGACAAGAAGGUGGAGGAGCUGCAGGCCGCGUGCCGCGCGGCUGACCAGGAGCGCGAGUCCCUGGCGGCCGCCAGUGCGGCGCAGCUGGCUGGCGCCACUGAGCGCCUGGAGGAGCUGGGCGGCCGCCACCGCGAGCUGAACGACUCCCAUGCCGAGCUCAAGGAGAAGCUCAAGAGCCUGAAGGCCGAGUUGGGCGACACGCGUGCCAAGCUGGAGCUGCGGGACUACGAGGCGGGGCUGCGUGAGGCCAAGGAUGCGGCGGCGGCGGCCGCGCUGGAGGAGCUGGGUGGCAAGGUGAAGGGCAAGGCGGAUGAGCUGGAGGCGGCGCGCCGCACCCUCAAGGCCGCGGAGGAGCGCGCCACCGAGGCGGAGGCACGUGCUCGCGAGUUGUACGAAUGCAACAAGCGCCUGGAGGUCCACGUCGGGGAGCUGGAGUCCCGCAAGCGUGCGCCGUUGUACCAGAAGAAGCAGGAGGAGGAGCUCAAGGCGGCGGUGGAGAAGGCGCAGGAGUGCGAGGUGCGCGCCAUCGAGGCUGAGCUGCGUGCCAAGCAGGCGGCGGCGGAGACGGAGGCGGCGCAGAAGUUGCUGGCCGAGCUGCAGGGGGAGGUGGCGGCGACGGCGCGUGCGGCGGCGCGCUCGGCGGAGGAGGCGGCGGAGAAGCACGCGCUGGAGGUACAGCGGCUCAGCCUGGAGAGCGCCGUGACGCAGGAGCGCCACGAGGAGGCGUUGACGGCGCUGCGGGCAGCCAUGCAGGAGGCCGAGGCCGCCAGGGUUGCGGCACAGGAGGCGCUGGCGGCCAAGGAGCAGCAGCUGGCGGAGGCGGGCGAGGCAGCGGCCAAGCUGCGCAAGCGCAUCACCGAGAUGGAGUCGGCAGAAGUUGAGCUGCAGGCCUGCAUGACGGCGGCCCAGGAGAGGAUUGCGGCGCUGGAGCAGACCGCUGAGGAGGAGAACGCCACGCACGAGGCAGCGAUGGCCGAGCGGCAGCAGCAGGCGGAGCAGGCCGCCGCGGAGGCCGCAGCCGCGCACGAGGCCGCCCUCACUGCCCUGCGCACCGAGCUUUCCGACGCCAAGACAAGCGCUGCGGCGGCGUUGUCGCAGCUGGAGGGCGAGCUGCGCAGCGCCCGCGAGCGCGCUGAGAUGCUGGUGAAGGCGUCUCUGGAGCAGUCGGCGGAGGCGGCGUCGGGCAAGGCGGAGCUGCAGCGGCAGGUGGAGGAGCUGUCGGCCAAGGUGCAGGAGGCGGCGGGCGCGCUCAAGGCCAAGGAGGAGCUCAAGGAGGAGAGGCUGAAGAGCAAGCAGGAGAUUGCCAACCUGAAGGGCGAGCUGCAGAAGCUGCAACUGGAAUCCAAGACCGGCGCCAAGGGCAAGGACAUGGCCCAGAAGGAGCUGGACGCAGUCAAGAAGCGGCUCACGGACGCGGAGGCGAAGCUGCGCGUGGCGCUGCAGGACAAAGCGACAGCACAGCAGGAGAAGGCCGCGCUGGACCGGCAGCUCAAGCAGCAGCAGGGCCAGAAGCUGAUGAUGGAGAAGACGCUAGAGAAGAAGGACGCCAUUGAAUACAAGAAGCGCGAGAGCAUCAUGGUGAACCUGAGUAAGAGCAAGGAGCAGCUCAACAGCUUCGAGGAGCGGCUGAAGCAGACCAGCGUGGAGCUGCAGAAGGUGCAGAUGGACCUCAUGGCCAAGCAGAGCGAGUGCGCCGGCGUGGAGGAGCAGCUAGCGGAUGCGCAGAAGGAGGGUGCGCAGCUGCGCGAGGAGAACGGCCGCCUGGAGGUGGAAGGCACCGAGCUGCGCCACAAGCUGGACUGCCUGACGGAGGAGCACAAGGAUGUGUCGGGCCAGCUGCAGACUGCCACCGCCGAGCUGGAGGCGCUUAAGGCUGCCGCCGAGCAGCAGGCGGCGGAGCUUGCGCGGCUGCAGUCGGAGCUAGCCGGCGCGCAGUCCGACCUGGCGCAGCGCCAGUCCGUCAUGGACACAAUGCGCACCCAGCAUGAGGUGGCGACGGAGCAGCUGGCGGCGGCGCAGCAAAAGGUGGAGCGGCUGAGCGCAGAGGCGGUGCAGCAGGCGGCGGCGGGCGCGGAGCUGCAGGCGGCGCUGGAUGCUUCGCAUGCGGCCACGGCGGCUGCAGAGGUCAAGACCAUGGAGGUGCAGGCUGCCCACGAGCGCGUGAGCAAGGAGGUGGAGCAGCUGCGGUCGCGCGUGUCGGCGCUGGAGGCCCAGGAGGCCGCCCUCCGAGGCGACAGCGCAGCCGCCAGCGACCUGCUGGCGACCACCCAGGCGCAGCUGGCGGAGCGUACGGCUGCAUGCGCCGAGCUGCAGGGCAACCUUGACCAGGCGCAGGGCGCUGCCGCCGCGCUGCAGGAGCAGCUCUCGCAGCAGGCAGCCACCCUGGCGGCCGCUGGUGACAAGCUCACGGCCAGUGAGGCACAGGCACAGAGCUUGGCAGCCCAGCUAACCGCCGCGGAGGACCAGCACCAGCAGGCCGCAGCCCGCGCCACUGCUGCCGAGGCGGAGGCACAGCGCCUGACCAGCGAACUGGCUGCCGCCACCGCUCUGGUGGAGCAGCUGCAGGCGCAGGCCGCCGGCGCUGCCGCCGAGGCCGCGGCGGCUGCAGAGAGGACUGGCGCAGUGGAGGCCGAGUCGCAGCGCGUGUCUGCAAGCCUGGUGGCGGUGGAGGCGGAGGUGCGCCGGCUCACGGACGCGCUGGCUACGGUGCAGGCGUCUGCAGCCUCAGGCAGUGAGGAGCUGGUGGGCAAGCUUUGUGAGUCGCAGGCGGAGGUGCAGCGCCUGACUGACCGCGUGGCGCAGGCCGAGGCGGCGCUGGAGGAGGCACAGCGUCAGGUGGUUGAGGCCCAGACUGCCUCUGAAGCUGCGGCGCAGCAGGCAGCCGCACAGCUGGCGGAGGCCCAGACCGAGGCCCAGCAGCUGGGUCAGCAGCUUGAAGCCGAGAGGGCUGCGGCGCAGCAGCUGGCUCAGCAGCUCGAGGCGGCGCAGGCAACCGCUGUUACGGCUUCGGGCGACGCGGCGGGCCAGCUGACUGCCGCGCUGGAGGAGGCGCAGCGUCUGCGUCAGGAGCUGGCGGAGGCCCAGGCGGGUGCGUCGGCGGCCUCCAGCGACGCCAUGUCGCAGCUGGCGGAGGCGCGGUCCCGUAUGCAGCAGCUGGAAGCCACGCUGGAGGCGGUGGCGAUGGAGGCAGCCACGGCACGCCAGGCCGCGGCGGAGGCGAAGCAGGCACUGCAAGUGCAGCAGGCACGGGUGCAGGAGGUGGAGCAGCAGCUGGCCGCCGUCGCCGAGGCAGGCGCUGCCGCAGCACCACUUGCACCUGCACCCGCCCACGCCGCCACGCCUGCCCCCGCCCACCGUGACGAGGACGACACUGCCGGCCUGCUGGACAGCCCGGCGCCGCAGCCCCGCGCCGCCUCCGUCGCCGCCGCCACCCCAGCCGCCGCGCCAGAGCAGCUCCAGCUUCUUCUGGGCGCGCUGGACCAGCUGCGUGCCGAGUCCGCCGCCGAGAUCGACCGCAUCAACGCAGCCCUGGCGGCCGCGCUGCACCGCAGCGACUCGCUUGAGCUUGAGCUGGCGGCUGCCCGCAGGCAGCUGGCGGAGGCGCCGGUUGGCGGCAUCGGCAGCGGGGAGCUGACGCGCUCGCUGAACGGCGCGGGCAUGGCCCGGCUGCAGAUCACCGAGAUGCAGCAGCAGCUGGAGCAGCUGAGCCAAGAGCUCAAGGACGCGGAGUUCGCACGCGACGAGGAUCGCGCAGCCGCCGCCUGCGAGCAGCAGCAGCUCAGGGCGCGCCUGGCGGCGGCGGAUGCGGAGCUGGGCCGCGAGCGGCAGGCGGCGGUGGAGCUGCAGCAGCGCUGCGCGCAGCUGGAGCAGCGAUGCGCGCAGCGGCAGCAGCAGCUGGCGGUGGUAGCUGCAGCAGAGGGGGCGGCUGUCGCGGAGGUGCAGCAGGGCGCUGUGGGCGCGGACACCGCUGUCUUGGAAGCUCGCGUGUCGGAGCUGGCUGUCCAGCGUGAGACGCUCGAGUCGCAGCUGGCAGCGGCACUGGCAGCGCAAGAGCAAUUUGCGGCAGCUGCCGCGGAGCAGGCCGAGCAGCGGCUGCAGCUGGAGCGCGUCAUUGACGAGCUGUCGGUGCGCCUGGCCGCACCUGCAGCGGCGGCGGUGUCGGUGUUGGAAGGGGAUGCGGCAAACGAGGAGUUGCAGCAGAGGCUGCAUGCGGCCCUGCAGGAGGUGGCACAGCUGGCGCAGACCAAGCAAACACUGCAGGAGCUGCAGGAGCGGGCGGCGCAGCUGCAGGCGGCGACGGAGGAGCAGGUGGCGCAGCUGGCGCAGGCGACUGCCGCACAGGAGGCCGCGGUGGCCGAGGCGGUGGCGUUGCAGGCGCGCUUCGAUGUGCUCGCGUCGCAGCACGCCGCUGUGGAGCAGCAGCUGCUGUCUCUGCAGCAGCAGCAGCAGCAGCAACAGUCCGCCACGGCGGCGCCGACGGCCAUGGAGGUCACCGGGCAAUCCCUGGAGCAGCAGGAGGAGCUGGUGUCGGGCCUGCGGCAGCAGGUGGCGGAGCUGCAGGCGCGGCAGGCGGAGCUGGAGGCGGAGAUGUCGGACGUGCAGGCAGCCUGCAACGUUGCGCGGGCAGAGAAGCACACCGUGGAGCGGGCAACUACCCACAGGAUCCUGGAGCUGGAGACCGCCAACAUCCGGCUACAGGACGAGGUCGCGGCGCUGCGUGGCGAGGGCCCGGGCGCCAGCCGCGUCAACGUGCCCGAGACCGCGCCGCCAUCCCUAGACGUGGAUGCGCUGCUGGCGGAGCGCGACGGCCUCAGCGCCAAGGUGGCGGAGCUGGCGGCCGCCCUGGAGAACGCCGCCGCCGCCAAGGAGGCAGCUGCGGCGCGGCUGGGCGCCGAGUUGGCGGAGAUGCGGCAGUCGGCGGUGGCGAUGGAGUCUGAGCUGGCGGCGCUGCGGGAGGCGCACACGAUGGCGGAGGCGGGCAAGGCGGCAGCGGAGUCCAGGGCCGCUACUCUGCAGGAAUCGCUGGAGGGCGCCACCGCGGCCCGCACCGCGCUGGAGGGCAGCGCCGGCGGCCGCGUGGCCACAGCGGAGGCGGCGCUGGAGGCGCUGCUGCUGCAGUACGACCAGGCAGUGGCGGCGCAGGAGGCGGCAGCGCGGCAGGCGGCCGAGGUCAAGGCCGACGCAGAGGCGCUGCGGCUGGCUCUGGGCGAGGAGGCGGAGCGGCGCAAGGCGGCGGAAAAGAAGGGCGAGGAGCUCGCUGACCGGGCCGAGGACCUCAAGUGCCAGGUGGAGGUCCUGCAGGAGAGCGUCCGGCAGCUCAACGACAGCCACCAGCAGGCUUCGCAGAAGGCGGCGGACGCGGAGGGCGCCGCCGGCGAGGCCGCCCAGCUGCAGCUGCAGGUGGCCUCUCUGCAGGCCGCCGUGAAGCGCCUGGGCGAGGAGCUGGCAGCCGCCAAGGAGGCGGCGGCGGCGUCCGAGGCGGAGCUGUCGGAGCUGCUUGACGCCAACACACUGCUCGAGUCGCAGAUGCAGGAGCUGCGGGCCAGCCACGCCGCUCUGCAGGCCAAGACCGAGUCGUCCGCCGCCGCCUCCGAUGCGCAGGGUGCGGCGGCGCUGGCGGCGGCGCUGCGCGAGAGCGAGGUGCUGCGGUCCAAGCUGGAGGUUCAGGUGCUCGAGCUGACGGAGCAGAUGAGCGGCGCGGCGGAGGCGCGGCGCGCGGCGGCGGUGGAGCGUGCAGAGCUGGACGGCGCGCUGGAGGCGGCGGUGGAGGCACGCAGCCGGCUGGAAGUGGAGCUGGCGGGCAUGGACAAGGCCGUCAAGGAGCUGCGCGAGGAGAACCGCUCCCUGGAGGACGAGCUGGCGCGGGCACAGGAGGCGCUGCGCGAUGCCGGCGGACCCGGCCAGCCCACCGCCGAGUCGCUGGCGGAGCUGCAGGGCCAGCUGCAGCUGCAGGAGAACCGGCACCGCCUGGCCACUGAGCAGCUGCAGGCAGAGCUGGCGGCGGCCAACAAGCGCUUGGCGGAGGAGCAGCAGUCGGCCGGCUCGCGGGUGUGCGAGCUGCAGGCUCAGCUGCGGGAGCUGCAGGCAGAGCUGGCGACGCAGCAGGAGGCGCAGGCGGAGGCCAUCGACGAGCUGGAGCUGAGCGCUAAGCAGCGCGAGGCCGAGCUCAAUGCUGAGAAGCUCUCGCUGGAGUCCCAGAUCCACUGGCUCACAGAAGAGAACCAGCGGCUACAGCAGCAGCAAGCCGCCGGCGCCCCCGCGGCUGCUGCUCCCGCCGCGCCCCCGCCGGAGCUGCAGGAGCGCAUCGCCAACCUUGAGAGCGAGCUACGGCGCGCCAAGCGCGGCGAGAUGAAGCUGCAGGCGCUGCUGUAUCGGCUGCGGAAGGACGUGGACAGCGCGGGAGGGCCCGCGGCGGCUGCGGCCGCGGGUAGCGUCGGCGGCGCUGUGUUCGACAACCUGCGCGACGUGCGGUCGCUGCAAUAUGAUGUGGACAUGCUGACUGAGAAGUGCAAGCGCUUUGCCCGCGAGGCGCAGCAGCACGAGGCUGAACGCCGGCGGCUGGAGGCGCUGCUGGAGGUGCAGCAGCAGCAACAGCAGCAGGGUGGAGGAAGCCGGCACGUGGGAGGCAGCGGCAGCGGCAAGGGCCAGCAGCAGCAGGCGGCGCACCUAGCGGCUGGCGGUGGCGGCGGGGUGCUGGUGGAUAAGGAGAACAUGCCAUACCGCUAAAGCAACCAGGGUUAAUGGGUGUCGGAUGGUGACACGUAUGUUCAUGACGUAAGCCCUGAGCCCAUGGUGGUGCUGGGAUGAGGCGGGCUGUAUGCCUGGGCUUGAAGGCUGAGAUAGAAUCACAUCAGAUGGGUGGGGUCAUGGUGUGGGCGACGGGAUGUGAAUUGACUGGGUGCGCGUCACUGUGUGCGCGCGCGCCAAAGCCCGUUCGUGCGUGGGUGCAUGCGUCAUUGGCUAUAGCAGCACUGGUGCCGGCAACGCCAAUGCGUGCUUCUAUCUAUGCACUUGUGUCUGCCAGUGCAGACCAUGCGAACUUUUAGAGAGCUGCGCAUAUAAGCACACGCCGUACGGAAUACACACAUGCCGCGUGUCGACGUAUUGCAUACGGUGUGCAGCCGAGCGACUCACGGGCAACUCACAGCCACGUGGACCGUAUGGCCGCCUGCACUGGGGCUAGCAUAUCGCUCCGACAGGUAACAUGU